AUCAGCGCUGCAAAGACUUUCCAUGAUUCCACACCUACCCUGAAAGCCCCCUGAGCACAGGAAGUGUGCUGACCAGUGAGGGAAAUAAAAGGGCUCUUGAGGAGUCUGGUCCACACUCUUCUUGCACAGCUCAGCAAGACCUCAGCCAUGAGACUUCUCCUCCUGACUUUCCUGGGAGUCUGCUGCCUCAUCACCUACACUGUGGAAGGUGUGGGGACUGAAGUCCUAGAGGAGACUUUCUGUGUGAGCUUGACAACCCAGCCACUGCCAGUUCAAAGAAUCAAGACCUAUACCAUCAGGGAGGGCAUACUGAAAGCAGUAAUUUUUGUCACCAAACGAGGAGUGAAAAUCUGUGCUGAUCCACACGCCAAAUGGGUGAAAGCAGCGAUCAAAACUGUGGACAGAAGGAUCCGUACCAAAAAGAACAUGACUGAAGCUAGUCCCACACGAGUCCAGAGGUCCACCAGCCCAGCCAUGGCUCUGUCUGGGUAGCAGUCUCCAGGACAGCGUCUCCUCCACAGCCCGAGAGCUCAGCUCAGCUCCCAGGCUCACGGACUAACUGUGCUAUAUUUACCUUUUAUGAAAAUGUUACACGAAUAAAGUUGUUUUUAUUUUUUUAAAUGACAUUCAUUUUAAAUGUUAUAAGUAAUAAAUAUUUAUUAUUGAGGAAA